AUGGAAGUUGGCAACAAUUCUUCCGAUAUGUAUAUUAUCAUAGGGGCCAACGCCACUAGUUCUCUAUGGACUUUGUUUGUUGGAUGCAAAGACAUGCCUGCUGCUAUCUUUUUUUAUCUGGUGCUGGAAUUCAUCAAUUUUUUCUUGGGCGCUCCAGCCAAUGUCAUGGUUCUUUGGCUAAUGCACAAAAACAACGGUGACUCCUCCACGUCGGACAUCUUUGUAUGGAAUCUGGCCAUUAUGGAUGCAAUCUUCUGCCUCAUACCACCACUGGAGCUUGCCAGAAUGAUCCAGAGCACCAGCACCAUUGAGUACAUCCUGUCCUUCUUCUAUAACUUGAAGAACUCAUCCUGCUUAUUCCUGACCUGCAUCUGUUUUGAUUACUACAUGGCUGUCAUUCAUCCUGUCAUGUUCACUGCGCUGAAAGACUGCUGGCACCGCACCGUGUGCGCUACCAUCAUAUGGCUCAUCGCCCUAGCCAAUGCGAUAAUUCAGUGUGUGGGAAAUACAUCCGACACGGGAAACGCCUUUACGGUAAUGGUCUUAGGUGCCUUCAUCAUUAUGGUGUUCUGCAACCUUUCCAUUCUCCGGGCCCUCAUGCAGUCUGGCCCAGGCCGGGAUGAGAUGCAUCCAGUCAAGAAAAAAGCCUUCAGGAUGGUCCUCAUCAUCCUGGCCAUUAUUGUCUUCAACUACUUACCUGUAGUGAUCUUCAUUCCAUUUGAGAAUUUCUUUGUCGAGGUUGUGUUUCAGUGUUAUAUUGUUUACACCAUCUUUGGGUUCAUGAACGUAAGCAGUAGCAUUCAGCCAAUGUUGUACUUGUUUAAGGAGAGGUUAUCAAAUGUACCCUGCUGUUGCGGUUGA